AUGGAGAAGGUGGAGGACAAGGUGGACGAGAUGAUCCAGAGCCGGCCGGGCUUCGGCCGCGCGACGAGAAAAUUCUUCGAGAUGGCCGACAAGGACGGCAGCGGGCGGGUGAGCCAGCGCGAGGCGGCCUCCCAAGUGUCGCUCAUCUUCGACGAGAUCCAGCGCGACCUGGAUGACUUCGGCAUCACGGUGACCAAGCCCAGCGCGGAGGAGGUGAUGGAGUUCAUGCUGUACGCGGACGACGAGGGCGACUGCGACCUGGACUUCGAGGAGUUCGAGGACUUCUACCUGCAGGUGGUGAAGCUCGCGGCCCUGAAGUCAGCCCAAGGGUUCCUCCACAAAUAUGGCUGGAGCAUGGUGGUGGGCAUCUUUGCGGUGCACCUGGCCAAGAAGGCUGUGAGGAGCAUACCCAUCGUGGGCUUCCUUGCAACCCCCUUCAUGGCCCUUGUGCCUUCCGUGCUCACGGGCCCCUUUGUGGGCCUGGCCGCAAGAUAUGGAUUGGACAAGGGUGACCUGCUGGCAGCCAAGAAGAAGCUGUUUCCGUCUAGGGAACAGAGGGCGCGCUUAGAAAGGGACUAA